AUGGCAAACUCAGCAGACAAGAUAGCUGCAUCUAUCGUCGAACAUGACGAAGAAACACAACUGCCAGUCAAAACCAACAAACAGGUCGACGAUGCUCAUUGUUUUGUUCAGGAGCACGGUGCCAUCGAAUGGACUGAAGAAGAAGAAAGGAAAGUGCUCUGGAAAAUCGACUUGCGUGUUAUCAUAUUGUUGGUGAUUGCCAAUGUCGUGACAGCAUGUGAUAGCGGAACCUAUGGUAUUGCGGCAAUAUUCGGCAUGAUUCAAGAUUUGAAGCUCUACACUGUUAAGAGCAUUGACCCCGUGGUGCUGGACCUAACUAGAUACUCCUGGUCCAAUUCGAUCCUGACAUUUGGACUUCUGGCCGGCCAGUAUCCGCUCCUCCUACUUGCACAGAAAGUUCCCAUUGGAAAGUACAUGACAGGAAUUAUAUUGUACACUGGAGCUCUUUCGCUUCUUUUUCUCACUUUAGACAACUUUGCAGGAACCAUGGUUCUGAGAUUCUUCUACGGAUUCCAAGGAGCUGGUCUUCCAGCGUGCGUCCUCUUGAGUUCAAUGUGGUGGAAAACAGAAGAGCAACCUCUUCGCAUCGGACUGUGGAUGACUGGUGCCUCCAUCGGAGCGAUUGUGGGCCAGUCACUCGAUUACGCUGCAGCUAAUAUUAAGGGAGAAUUCCAGAAGAGCCCGUGGAAAAAUAUGUAUCUGGUGCUAGGAUCCAUAACCGUCGCAUACUCCGUCUUCUUCGGCAUUUUCUUCCCAGACACUCCUAUGAAGGCUCGCUUCCUAACAGAGCGAGAGCGUAACAUUGCCGUAAGACGGCUGCAAAAGAACCAGACGGGGAUUCAAACACGCAAGUUCAAACCUAGUCAGGUCUGGGAAGCGGUUACCGAUCCACAACUGUGGCUUCUGUGCGUGACCAGCUUUGCCUUUUCUUUCGCUACGGCAGCACUUGGCAGUUUCGGGGCCAUUGUCCUCGAGGGCUUUGGCUUUUCUAGCUUUAAAACAGUGCAACUAUACAUGCCAAUCUCUGGUAUUGUCAUUAUUCUGAUGCCAGUCUCUGGAUUUCUAGCGAACAGGUUCCAAAAGUCACGCAUCGUCAUCGCCAUGGGUUUUGUGAUGCCUUCGAUUAUUGCAUAUGCCCUGCUCUGGAAGUUGCCCAGAGGUAACCAAGGAGGUCUCUUGGCUUCUCUCUAUAUUACUGUCUUCUUCUACGGCUCCCUGAUCCAGACAUUGGGCCUUCUAGCGUCCAACAUUGCUGGGUACACCAAGAAAACAACCGCAAACAGCAUGAUUUUCAUGAUUUCCGCGGUUGGUGGAAUCACUGGGCCUUUUGCCUUCAAGGGCAGUGAAGCCAGCGAAGGGUACCCAACGGGGAUGAUCAUCCUCAUGGUUACAAUGGCUGCAUCCGAGGUCUCGCUGAUGGCACUUCUAUUGUACUACAAGCGCUUCAACCGUCGGCGCGAUCUAGCACAAGAUGCUCCUGGCGCCGCAAAUGCUCUGCAAUCAACAUUGACCAAGGAACAGGCUGCAUUUCUUGACCUUACCGACCACGAAAACCCAUAUUUCCGGUAUUCGUAUUGA